AUGGUGCUUCGCACCGCAGCCCCCUGCGUCGCGUUGGUGAUGGCCCUCUUCGCGGGUAUCAUUUCCGGUCAUGACGCGCAAAGGCCGAUCGGCAACGUUGGCGUCGGCGUCGGCGUCGGCGAUCCAGAGUGCCCUGAUUAUGCUUUGUACUCCCAGUACCCGCAUCCACCUUUCAGCGAAGGACCGCGCCGACUGCCAUUUCAGCGUCCGGCGGAGGCAUGUCGAACAUUUCGCUCUCAGGCCAUCGAGAAGGUCAUCAAGGAUGUCACCUCCAGAAUGAAAGACCCGGACCUGGCGCGUCUCUUCGAAAACACCUUUCCGUCCACGACUGACACUACCAUCAAGUUCUACACAGACGGCAAAUCAAUCAGGUUCAUGGAUGUUGAUCCCGGAGAGCCGAACAACGAAGGAAAGUGGGAAGGCCCCCAAACGUUCGUCAUCACCGGUGAUAUCAACGCGGAGUGGCUGCGAGACUCUACGAACCAGUUGUCGCCAUAUCAUUUCCUAGCAAAGCUAGAUCCCCAUCUCCAUACUCUUCUUCUUGGCGCCAUCAACACUCAGGCCGAGUACGUCAUUGAAUCGCCGUAUUGUAAUGCGUUUCAGGCACCUCCUAUGAGCAACUUGCCUCCGGUAGCCAACGGACAAGAUGACACCGUCCAUCCGAUGUACGAGCCCAGCUUUGUCUUUGAAUGCAAAUACGAACUUGACUCAUUGGCCCACUUUCUCGCUCUCGCCAAUGAUUUCUAUGAACACACCGGAUCGACCGAAUUUCUCAAUUCGAGAUGGCUGGCGGCUCUUGAACGGUUGCUCGACGUUCUCGAGCAGCAAUCCCUGCCUACCUUUGACCCCGCGACUGGCCAGCAUCGGAUGAAUGAAUACACUUUCCAGCGUCAAACAAAACUCGGGACCGAGACCUUAAACCUCAGGGGUAUCGGCAAUCCCCUCAACAACGGCACCGGGCUUAUCAGAUCAGCCUUCCGGCCCAGUGAUGAUGCCACUAUCCUCGGAUUCUUGAUUCCGGCGAAUGCCAUGAUGGCUGUUGAACUGCGGAAAGCUGCAAAGAUGUUUGGGGAUGGCGUGUGGGAUCACGGUGUCAUCAAGCAUGCCAAGUUCGGAGAGGUGUUUGCUUUCGAGGUUGACGGAUACGGCUCUCAUAUACUCAUGGAUGAUGCAAACUACCCGUCUCUACUUGCCCUCCCGCGGAUGGGCUUCCUAGACAGAGAGAAUCCGGUGUACCAAAAUACGCGGAGAAUGCUCCUUUCUCACUUAUCUAACCCGUAUUACUUGACCGGCCGACAUUUUCACGGCAUCGGAGGACCACAUAUUGGCGUCAGUAAUGCCUGGCCGAUGAGCCUGUUGAUUCAGGCCCAGACUUCCGAUGACGAUGAGGAGAUUGAGGAGUGCCUUGAACUCGUUAUCAGAUCAGCUCCUCUGGGCCUCAUGCACGAGAGCGUUAAUGUGAAUCACAUUGCCUCAUAUACUAGGAGCUGGUUUGCUUGUAAGUUGACCGACAGCCCCAAAAGUGAAGCGAGCAGGUUUUAA